AUGGAUCGUAUUCCUAAAAAUAUUAUGAUUGGCUCUUUCGUUGGAGGAAGGAGCCAUGUUAAGCCUAUGUUGGAUAUUUGCGCGAUAUUAAUUGAAAGAGGCCACAAUGUAAUGUUAGUAACGCGAGGAAAUAAAUUAUUAUCUUCAGAAUACCCUACCGUUAAACAUAUUUCAUUAGGGCAUGAUUUGAAAGAUUUGGUACAGAAUAAUGGAAUAAAAAUGGAUGAUUUAAUUCAUAAAAAAUUUGAUAUAAAACAAUUAAUUUUCAUGACCAAAUUCGCUUUAAAAAUGUAUCCCGAAAGUUUUGAAAUUUAUAAAAAUGCGGCCAAAGAUUAUAAUGUUGAUUUGUUUUUUUGUGACAUAAUGAUAAAUGAUGCUUGUGUAGAUGCUGCUUACAUUCUGAAGAAGCCUGUUGUUGGAUUUAGAAUGGCAUCUAAUACAUACAAAUCAGAUCCAAUGUUCGAUUGCAAUGUUUCAUUAGAAAACGAUUCAUUUUUGGAAAGGUUCAGAUGUACCAUAAUAAAUCCGCUUCAAACCCUUUAUGAAAUGAAAAGAGAAAAUGGACACAACUUUAUGUCAAAGGAUCGAUUAUCAACAACUUCCCUGUUAUUAGCUGAUACUUACUUUGGUUUUGAGGAAAUAGGACCGGUAUUGUCAGAUAAAUAUCCACCACUUACACCCGAAAUCACCGACUUUAUGAAUGAGCAUAAACGAGUGUUAUUCGUAGCUCUUGGUACAAAUAUCCACACAACCGUCGAAAACAAUAACAUACUUUUACAAUCCUUUAUCGAAUCCAUCAACAAGGGCAUAAUUGACGGAGUGAUUUGGGCAUUAGUUCGAACCUCUGCGGAUGAUUUUGAUUCCACAUUAAACCUAACGGAUGGCACACGCGUUCCAACCUUACCAAUUCGAAAUAACGAACAUCCACAUUUUCUCCUAACAAAAUUUGCACCACAAUUUUCUAUACUUAAUCAUAUCAACACCAAGUUAUUCUUCAGUCACGGGGGAGCUGGAAGCACUCAUGAAUCGUUAUUUACUGGUACACCAAUGUUGGUUUUACCUGUCACUGGUGAUCAAUUAGGUAAUUCCGAAAAAUUGGAAUUGGCCGGUAUUGCAUUAAAAUUAAAUAAACUUCAUUUGGAUGUUAAUGAUAUAUUGAAUAAGAUUGAAUUUUUAUUAAAUGAUGAGAAUGUAAAGGCAAAUUCAAAGAGAUUAGAAGUUUUAACUAAAUUUAACAGUAAAAGGAAGUAUCAUGCCGCUGAUUUAAUUGAAUAUGUUUUGAAUUGUAAUAGUUCUAGCGAAGAAUUUUUAAAGGAAUGGAUUCCCGCUGAUGCUAGAAUGGGAUUUAUUAGAGGAAAUAAUUAUGAUGUUUAUGGAACUUUAUUAGGUUUGAUUUUUGGAAUUGGAGGAGGAAUAAUGUGGUUAUCAUUUAGGUUAAUUAGAUUUGGUUUAAAGAAAUUUGGUUCAAAAUUGAAACAUGAAUAA